AUUGUCGUAAAACUUUGGCUAACAUAAGGAUAAGUGGAGAACGUUGAUGAUGAAUGCCAACAAUGGGAUCAUCAAUGUUAUUGUGAGUACCUGCUUCCUGUUUAUGGUGUAUGACGUCACGGCACUUCCUGGUAAGCAAAUUCACAUGGAUGGUCGGAAACUCAUAACAGGUGGAGAAAGUUUAAGCACAGAAGAACUUCCCGACGAUGUAUAUUUGGAAAACGCUAAUGUUGACGAUUUACAACAAAUCGAUUAUCCGAAUUAUGUGGCUGUGAAUGACCCCGAGGUGGUUAAGCGAUUCCUUGGACGCUGGAGAAACCGGAACUGGAUAUUGAGACAACGACAGGAGAAAACCCUUGGUAUGCCUGUUGGAAAACGCUUCUUUGGAAGGUGGAUGAACAGAAACUAUAUUCUGUCCAAGUUACAAGCUGAACGCGAGAACCGAUCUAGGUUGGCAGCCGAACGUGAAAACCGAUUGAGAAAACGCUUCCUCGUUAGAUAAAGAAAAGGAAUGAAGGAAAGAUAAACAAAUGAAUCCAAUGAUUUUGCUGUUACAGAUAACAAUGGAGAUUUAGCGACUUUUGUUCUAUGAUA